CGGGAGCGUGGAUCCCUGCGCGGGGUUGCUAAGGGUGAAAGUUUGCCGUGAGUUGGCUCACUUGGGGCCAGGGCGCGGGUGGCUGCGGGGUGGGGGGUCGAGGGGAGGUGGCGGCGACGACAACGACGGCGACGAUACAGGCACCGGUACCCGUACCCCCACCUCUGGGCGUUCCGCACCGCCUUCGGCCCGCUCUGCAGCCCCCGGGCCCGCCCCGCGGAGGAACCGCACCGCCGGGGAUAAGACGAGGGAGGGGACGGGACGGGGCAGAGACCUGCACGCACUGUCCGGGCAACUGCCGGCAGCGCCCACGGCCCCCAACAGCCGCCACCAGCUGCCGGCCCUGGAGCCGAGGACGAAGACGCAGCACCUGGCACAACCACCUGGCCUCCCAGACGAGAGGCUGGCCCUGCAAUCCUGAGCCUGAGUGAAUCUCUGCACAAGUUGCUGAGCGAGUCACAAGGCUGGUGCACUUAUGUUCCGGAGAGGCCUGUGCAGGUUUAUUUGGAGCCAAAUCUUGUCUAUGCGUGUGUCAUUUUGUCUCUUUUAAUACGCUGCCCUGACUUGCUUGCUGCGAAGGGAGUAUGCAUCUGGAGAUCAAAGUUGCUCUUAACUUCAUCAUCUCAUACCUGUACAACAAGCUUCCUCGGAGGCGGGCAGACCUGUUUGGUGAGGAGCUAGAGCGCCUGCUGAAGAAGAAAUAUGAGGGUCACUGGUACCCAGAGAAGCCUCUGAAGGGAUCUGGCUAUCGCUGUGUUCAUAUAGGGGAGACGGUGGAUCCGGUGGUGGAGCUGGCAGCCAAGCGGAGUGGCCUGGCUGUGGAUGAUGUGCGUGCCAAUGUGCCGGAAGAGCUGAGUGUCUGGAUCGAUCCUUUUGAGGUUUCCUACCAGAUCGGUGAGAAGGGUUCUGUUAAGGUCCUUUACCUGGAUGACAGCGAGGGCUGCAGCGCUGCAGAGCUGGACAAAGAAAUCAAGAGCAGCUUCAACCCUGAUGCCCAGGUAUUUGUCCCCAUCGGCAGCCAGGACAACUCGCUGUCCAACUCUCCGUCCCCCUCCUUAGGCCAGUCACCAAGCCCCACCUUCAUCCCUCGCUCUGCCCAGCCCAUCACUUUCACCACUGCCACCUUUGCUGCCACAAAGUUCGGCUCUACCAAGAUGAAGAAGGGUGGGGGAGCUGGAGGAGGGGGCAGCGGAGCAGGGGCUGGGCAGCAGCCAAGGAUGGUCAGGUCUCCCACCACCAACCUGCUGAAGCACAAGGGCCUCUCCCUGUCUAUGCACUCUCUGAACUUCAUCGGGAGCGCUGGGAGCCAAGCCCCACAGUCACAGCUCUCCCCCAACGCCAAGGAGUUUGUUUACAACGGCGGGUCACCGGGAGCCAGCAGUCUCUUCUUCGAUGGUGUUGCCAGUGAGAGCCAGGCCAGCAGCAUGCCACCGGCAUCGCAGUUCAACACCGGCACGGGUGGUACCUUUGAUAUGGCUCAGGUCUUCGGUGGCAGCACCAGCAGCCUCUUUUUGGAGAAGUCUCCCUUUGUGGAAGGACUCAGCUACAACCUGAAUGCCAUGCAGUAUCCCAGCCAGUCGUUCCAGCCUGUCGUCCUGGCCAACUGAACACAAGGAAGGAGAGUAUUUGGGAGCGGGGAGGGGGAGGGGGGGAAAACAAGAACAAAAUGAAAAAGAGGGAGAGAAGAAAAAUAGAAAUAUACAGAAAAUAUUCAAAUCCUAUAAAUAUAGCUUCUUGGGAAAAGAGAGAGCCCAGUGUUGUUGCGCUGUGCUGGCAACGCUCCUGAAGCACUGACUUGUUUUUUAACUCAGUCCCUGUGCUUUUUUCCUACUCACUUUUUUACUGCUUAAAUGAGUCUUGGGAUUUUUUUGGUUUGUGUUCCCCCUUCCCCCAGUCCAGGACUGGUGCAACCAGUAAGUCACAAUGCUCUUGAUUCCCUGCACCCACCAACCCCAGCGCUGGACACAGGGCCCUUCUACCUGGGUGUAGGGGUGUCUUCCUACCACCUCGCUGGAGGAGGGACAGGGAAAGGAUGAGUCAGUGUUAGUGGAGAUACACGCUUUUGUUGCGUGCUAGCCAGAAAUGGGUGGGUGAACUUGCUUUUUCUGUUACGGCUCUGCGUGUAGACGGAGAGCAUCUACUGUGCCCACGGGUGUAGGCCGUUGUGCUGUUGUAGCUCCAGCCUGGGCUGGCGUCAGCCGUUCUGUCUGUGUGCUGAAAAGCACUAACUCUUCUCCUUGACCACCUCCCAGCACGUAGCAGGGAGGGCAGAGCGUUACCUGAAAUGGCUUCUUCUUGCUCCCUUCUUCAUCUACACUUCCAGCCGUGGCUGUAGGAGGAUGGCGCUUUGAGUGGGUAUUGUCCCCUUCCGCAUGUGAUUGAGGGGGCCUUUCUCUGUCCUCUUGGGGCUGGCCAGUCACUGGGUGACAGCCUGUGCUGUGCAAACAUCGCCUGCCUGUCCCUGCAGCUGGGGAGGUGGUGCUAAGCCAGGUGACCCCACUUGGAUCCUGCCCCACUUCCCAGAUGUUCUCCCCAGGAGCAGGCACCAGCAUCCACCUGGGGUGGCGUCUGAGGUCUGAGUUCUCAUUUCCUGAUGUGAAUUCAUCAUCUUGUCUCUGAGCAGGAAUUCCUUCCUUUUUAGUUAGUGAGGCAGCACCACUUUUGAGGAAGAGAACGGGCUAUGUUGUUGAAGCCACUCUUGAGUGGUGGCACAAUGGUUUGUGCUUUCAGCCCUGGUAUACACCUAAAUCCCUUCCCCAGCCCUUCUGGAGGAGUGGGAGGAGGUGGCCGUUCUGGAAGGGAAGCACCUAGUGUAAGCUCAUCGUUCCAGCUAGAUCAUGUCAGUGCAGGUGGUGGCAGGCUUAGACCAGAGCAGGGACAGGCGCUCCGAAGGCAAGCGGCUGUCCCAGCGUGUGCCUCCCCACUGCAGGGCUGGGAUCCAGGAAUGUCCCUGUAGCUUUCCCCAGGACAACGUGCUGCAAGACGUCAGGUGUUUGCAGCUGUUCAGCUGGGUUGCUUCUGUGUCAGGGACCCCAAAGCUCACCUUCGUAGGAAGCCUAAGGAGGGCUACUUCUUGCCUAGGCAAGGUGGAGACCCUCUAGGUGGGAAGGAGGUUUCCUUGGAAGCUGUGGUGGGAACAUGGAAGUGUGCAAAGAGGAUAGAGAUGGAGAUGAUGAGACUCCAGUCUUUGAAGUUCUCAGUUUAAAAGAUAAAUAAGCUCACUUGCUGCCUCCCAGACUUGAGGUUUGGUAUUCUUUGGAUGUCUUUGGAGCACCCUCUGAAACCCACUUCUGUAUGUGUUGAACCAAUGUGCUCUACCAAGACAUCCGUGUUUCAGUGGAGAUGGGCUUGAACUUGAACUUUUCCUGUUCCUUUCCCUCAACCUGAAAUGAAGGCACUUCAGCCUUCUUGUAAUUGUGUUGCCAAUGAGCCUUUGCAGACGUAACGGGCUGUCCCGGGGAGGCUGCCACUGCCUGGAGCUCUUCUAGGAGAGCCUCCAGCACACCCUUCCCCUUGCUGGGUGACCGGGGAGGACACAGUCCUGACCUCAUGCCCAGUGCGGGUUCCCGAGCAGGUUGCUUGCUGUUGAGCUGUGACCAGUGCAGGUGGGCCAGGAGAGUGGAGCCCAGCUAGCUUCCACCAAACCGGCGCCUGCGGCCUCAGCCCUCAGGUUUCCAGGCUAGGAUGAGUUGCUGAGGAAUGGCCAAGCUGUUGGAUUUCCCUUGUUUCUUUUUGGGGUUUUUUUCUUUUUAAACCCCUACUUACGGACUUUACUACUGCCACCCCGUCCUUCUCCCCAGGAGUGUGCUGCUGAAUGCCAGCCCACUUGCCACACUGGAUUGAGGGGUGCUCAGCCCCUGAUGGUGGGACCCAGUCCAGUUGCCCCCCACUGUCCCUGCAUCUGGUGAAGCCAUCUGUGAGCCACCGCCAUGGGACAGCAUGCUCUCCUCGGACACGGGGAGGGAGGGGAGAGGUGGGAAUGCCCCCCAGCCACCCGCUUAUCUGUGUGAAGCUUUGAUGCCGCUUUGCCCUGCCACACGUAUUAUACCUGCUUUAAAAACAGUGGUGUGAGUGGAAGGAGGAAAAGAGGAGGGACCAACCUCUUUGUAACUUAAAAGGAAAAAAGCGUGCUUCAGAAAUGUUCCUCCAGCAUCAGGCAGCAAUGGAAACUAAUGGCCUUUUCAGGUCUUUUCUAGUCUUGGAUGUAGGCGUUCAGCUUCAAUUUUAUUUUUUAAAAACCUGCACUAAUUUACCUGGUUUCUUAGGAAGAGAAGAGAGAAAUUUUUUUUUAACUUUUAUUUUUUAUGGGUUUGUGUUCUUUUUGUUGAUGUCUGUUUGUAUUUGAAUAAUUUGCUACAUUUGUAAAAUGUAAGAGGUAUAUAUAAUAUAUGUAUAUUUCUAACGUAAAAAAACUGUAAUUUUUUUCUUUUCAAGAUUUUUUCUUAAAAAGAGGAGAGAAAAAUAUUUUUUCAGGAAAAAAACUUAAAAAAAAAAGAAGUGGUGAAGAUUCCUUUCUCCCCCCUCAGCCUCCCUCCUUUCCCUCCUGCCCCUCUCCAAGGAGUGAAUUGACAGUUGCCUUGCGGGAGAGAGGGAGUGAAAGAGGACAGAAAUCUGGAUGUAUCUGAGCGGAGGGUUUCUGUGUGUGCUCUGCUUGGGUUCCUGAGAAGGGGGCUGCUGAGAGGGGGAACCAGGGGGUUGCUGUCUUUCUUUUUUUUUUCUUUUUUUUUUUUCUUUAGCGAAGGAGGAAUACAAUCAAGAGUUUUGUAUUCAGAAUGUUGUGCAAUAUUUUGGAACAGGACAUUGGUGUGUCUACAGAUUUAGUUAAAAACAAAAAAAAAACAAAGGUUGAUCAAAUCUGUACAGUUUCUAUUGUUCCAGAUUUUUUUAAGUUUGUAUUAAAAGCAUGAUAUAAUAA